CCUAGUACGUCUUCAGUGAUCAGCCAGCUGCUGUACCCGUGUGCCCCUCUGUGAGGGCCAGUGGGUAGUGGUCCUCAAGGUCCAUGGUGCCUCAUGGCAGACACAGGGUCACCUAGUACGUCUUCACCAACCAUCAGCUGCUGGGCCCAUGUGCCCCUCCGUGAGGGCCAGUGGGUGGUACUCCUCAUUGUGGACACAGGGUCACCUAGUACGUCUUCACCAACCACCAGCUGCAGGGCCUGUGUGCCUCUCCGGGAAGGCCAGAGGGUGGUGGUCCUCGAGGUCCACGGCGCCCUGCGCUGGCAGGAUGUGUCCAUGCAGCAGAUGGCGAUGAUCAGCUGCUUCUGUGAGCAGCGUUUCUUCCGUGAGGUGGACGACCUGGUGUGCGCCGAUGUGGACAUGAAGUUCCAUGACCACGUGGGUGUGGAGAUCCUGUCCCCCCUUUGUCACCCUGUACCCCAGUUUCUACUGGGUGGCCAAUGAGAACUUCAGCUAUGCGUGCCGGCCACAGUCCCAGGCCCACGUCCCCAGGGACCAGGGCAACUUUUACUAU